AUGAAAGCUCGUGGUUGUAGUAAAGUAAAGAGCGAAAUAAUGCCACCGUCGUCACAUACGAAUUGGACUAAACCUCUUAUUAAGAAUGGUCAAACGAUGCAACUGCAAUCGAAACGAACAACUUGUUCAAUACAAAAUCAGAAUUCAAAUGGCAGUGGCACAGAACACAGUGGUAUUCCACUUGACAGAAGAAUCAAAGUUGUUCUCGUAGGUGAUGGAGCCGUUGGAAAAACCAGCCUAGUUGUUUCUUAUUCCACGAAUGGUUUUCCGGGAGAAUAUGUACCUACUGCUUUUGAUAAUUAUAAUGUGGUUGUCAAUGUUGAUGGUCAACCAGUAAAUGUUCAGCUAUGUGAUACAGCAGGUCAAGAUGAUUUUGACCCUUUAAGAUCAUUAUGUUAUCCAGAAACAGAUGUGUUUCUAGUUUGUUUUAGUGUUGUAUGUCCUUCAUCUUAUCAUAAUGUAACUUCUCGAUGGAUAAAUGAAGUACGAAAAUAUUGUCCUAAUGCACCAAUUAUUUUGGUAGGCACAAAGAGUGAUUUACGAUCAGAUGUACAUCUUAUGUUACAAUUAGCAAGAUAUGGUCAAACUCCAAUUACAAGUACUCAAGGACAUCAAUUGGCUCAAAAAGUUGGAGCUGUAAGUUAUGUGGAAACAUCUGCAUUAACUCAACAUGAUCUUAAAGAAGCAUUUGAUCAAGCAAUAGUUAGUGCUCUUAACACAAGGAGAGGUGGUGCUAGUUUGUUAUGUAGACGUAGAAAACCUUUACCAUUAUGGCGCAGAUGGUUAUGUUGUUGUGAAAGACCUUCUAGUAGUGCAUAAAUAAUGAUUAGACUCUCUAGAAUACUCUCUGUGAUCAAGUGCGACUAUUUUGUUAUCAGAAUUUUGAAUUUUUAUUAAUAUUUUAAUGAUUCAAAUUUUAAUAAUUUUAUUUCAUUAAUAUUCAUUAAAAAAAUAUUUAUUUUUCAUAAUGUUUUUAAAUUACUAUAGUUAAGUAUAAUUGAAUAAUUUUUUAAAUUGAAUAAUAAUUAUACAUAUAUAUAUAUAUCUUAUAUCAUUAUUAUUAUUAUUCAAUAAUUAAAUUUUUUAUAUUUCAAAAAUACAUUUUUUUUUAUUUUCUUAUAUAAAUAUAAAUUCUGAUAGCUAAGUCGUACUAUUUGUAAAAUUCCUGAAGCCAGGUCUGGUAUAAUUUAUUAUAACAUUAAUCAUAUUUUUAUUACUAGAAUGUAAUUGGCUAUUUGCCUAUUGUGAUUUUUUUCUUUAUUAAUAGGAUUAUUAAUUUUAGAACUUAAAAAUAUAUUACAUAUUAUCGCGUUAUUAUCACUAAUAUUAUAUAAUGUAAACUAUAUUUAUAAUUGUGCAGUUUUUCAUACUGCAAUCUUUUAUAAAGUAUGAAUUAUAAUAUACUUUUUUUCAAAUGCUAAUUCUUUAUGUCCUUCUAAUAAUGAAUUACAAUCAAAAUAUUAUUUAUCAUUUGAAAAAUAUAUAACAUAGAAAAUUAUUAUAUAAUAUUAAAAAAUUGGUAUAUUUUUCAUUAAAAAAGGAUAGGACAUAAAGAGUUAAAAAUUUCAUCAACAUCAUUAAUGCAUAAAAAUACAUACAUCACAUUGAAGUAUAUAAUAUUGCAUUAUUAUUAUAUGCAUAUAAAUGAAUUAUUAGAAAUUAACUAUUUAAUAAUACAUCUUUAUGUAUACUUAUAAGCAAUUUAUCUUUUACAAACAUAUUUUUUUUAUAUAUAUAUGACUCAAUAUAAUUAUUUGAAAUUUUUUCCUAAAUUAUUAAGAAAUAUAUUAAAAAUAUUAAUGUGUGAGCGCUGUGAUUAUAAAUUUUAAAUUUUAUAAUUUUUGUAUAUAAAGUAUAAAAAGAUAUAAGACUGUUAAAAUGUCUUAAAUCUGCUUCUAAAUUAUUCUGAAAUAUAUUAUAAAUUAAUUGAGUCAAAUCUUAAUUAAAUUUAUAUUUAGUAAAUAUAAUAUUAUCUAUUUUGCAAAGUUUAAAAACAAUAGUAUUUUUAAUAUUUUUUAAAAAAUAAUAAAAUUAUAAAAUAUAAUAAUAAUAGAUUAAUAAUAAAAAGAGAAAAAAUAAAGACUAAUAAUUUGAAAAUAAAAGCAUAAUAUUUAUAUUUAAAUUAAAUUAUUAAAAAGACUUUUUUGAAGUUAAGCAUUUUAAUAUAUUUGAUUUAAUUUUAUAUAUUUUAUUACUUUGCAAAAAAUUAGAAAAUAUUAAAAUAUAAUUUUUUUAAAUUAAUUAUUGUUAGAAAAAUAAUGUUAUUUUUUAUAUUAUAAUAUAAUUAUAAAAUUUAAUCAAAUAUUGUAAAAUAUUAUGUUUUUUUUUUACUGCAACUUCAACUUUUUUUUAAUUUUAAUGUUUGUAAUAUGUUAAAAAAUUGAAUACAUCUUUGCUCAAAUUUUAAAUUUUAAUUUAGAUAAAUAAGAACUGAUUUUUUUGUUUUUUAAUGAAAAUAAUUUAUAUGUAUAUUAAAAAUUAUAUGAAAUUAUAUUAUAUGUUUAUGAAACAUAUAUAAUUAUAGUUUGGCAAAUUCCAUAUAAAAUAUGUUUAAGAUAUAUGGAAUUAUUUGCAGUAAUACAAUUUUUAUGCUACUUCUAGUAGAACUAAUGUUCCUGGAUUUUGAUAUUAAUAUUAUAAAUUUAAUAUAUGUGCUUUAAUUGAAAAAAAGAUUAUGUAUGCUUAUAAUUAAUGUCUACAUCUAAAUAUAAUAUGCAUAUUAUCUUUAUAUAACUUUUUACUAUUAAAAAGUAUAUACAAUAUCCAUUUCGUUAUAUUAUGAGCAAAGUAUAAAAGCUAUAUAAUCAAAUAUUAAUUUUUUAAAGUAUAUUGACAAAUAUAUGUCAUUAUAAUUUUUAAAAUUAAUAUUUUUAUUAUUCAUUUUGUUUCUAUAUCUAUAUUAAAAUGUAUUAUAUUCGCAAUAUUUUUUUUAAUUGGUUACCAUAUAAUUUAACAAAUAUAUUUUUUGUACUAUAUUUUUUCAUUUAUUAUAAAUGAAAAAAUAAAAAAGUACUUAAAAUUAUUUUAAUAUUACUAAAUGUAUAUAAAAUGGUAUCAUUUUAUCAUAUUUCAAAAACAUGAUAUUUAAAAGAAAUAUUAUAUGCAUAAAUAAAUAUAUAUAAGAAAAAAUAAAAAAACAAAUAGAUAAACUAUUUUAGACUGAAGUGUCUCAAUAUUGUAAUAAAUAGUAUUAAUGCUUGCUUGUUCUAUAUAAAAAAUCAAUAAUAUUUUUGUAAACAUUUUUCUAUAUAAAUUUAUGCUUUUUACUUAUCAAAUGUAUGUUGAUUGUAUAUUUGUAUACCAAUAAUAAAUUAUUCAUAAAAACCA